AUGUACGGUCUAGUGUUUGAAAUCGUUGAAGAGUUUGUCAUUGAGAAGCAGGGUCUCGAAGUAUGGCAUGAGAUUAAGAACAAAGCCAAAUGCCGCGUUAGAGAUGGGGGCUUCCUGCGUCGCAGCUAUUAUCCUGACAAUGAGCUGGUGGACAUUAUCGUCGCUGCCUCUGAGAUUUUGGGAGUUGCAGUGCCGGAUAUUCUCCAAGUCUUUGGC